GCCAGUGCCCAGGGAAAGGAGCAAGAGAGUGGCUGGAGGGAGCACCUGGGACUGUCCAGGUGGGCAGGGUCGGGGCUGGAGUGGGAGUCAGGUGGAGCAGAGCACAGAGAAGAGACCAGGUAAGGCACAGGACAGUGAAGAGAGAAAGAGCAUGGCAAGGCAAAGUGGGACCUGAGGGGCUAAGCUAGCCAAAGGGUGCAGGGGAAGGCUCAGGUGGAUAAGAGAGCAAAAGGAGCAAGUUUCAGGGGGUUUCAUUGAAGCCAGGUGUACCAUUGUGAUCUCAGAGAAGGAGUAGCAGGCACCCCUGAACAGUUCUGCUGUGGCAGAGACACAGAGGAGGUGCUGCACUGAUCUGCUCAGUUUGCACUGAGCCAGGACGUGACUUGGAGUGGGUGCCGAAGCACAGGUCCCUCUCUAGUGAUGAGGCCAGUGUGGCAGCCCCCCAGAGCCCAGACGCUGCUGCUCCUGCUGGCGCUGCUCCUAGUUCCUCAGGUGCAGGGGACCCAUCCAGAAUGCUCCAUCAUUAUGCAUUUCCAAGAGCAAGAGGCCGAGUGCCAGGAAAUAAUCAGAAGUGAAAACCAAAGCACUGAAGCUCCGGAGCCUCCCAGGUGGAAAGGCUGCCUGACAGAAUGGGAUGGUGUGAGCUGCUGGGAGGCAGCAGUGAUUGGCCAGUCCAGAACCAUGCCCUGUCCAGAGAUCCUGCAGAUGUUCAAGAAAUCUAAAGGUCUAAUACAACGGAACUGCACAGAAGCUGGGUGGAGCAGCCCCAGUCCCCCGUACUACAAGGCCUGUGAGCUGGAUGGCACCAAUAAGGAUGGCACCAAUAAGGACACUGAAGCCAAGAAAGGCUACUUUGUCACUGUGAAAGUGCUCUAUACCUGUGGCUACUCUGCUUCCCUGGCUGCCCUGCUCUUGGCCAUUGGCAUCUUCUCCGGCUUCAGGAAGCUGCACUGCACCAGGAAUUCCAUCCACAUCCACUUCUUUACUUCUUUUAUAUUACGAGGAGCUGCUGUGUUCAUCAAAGACUCUGUGCUCUUUGCAGAUGAGUCCAUCGAUCACUGCACAAUGUCAACAGUUAACUGCAAAACAGCUAUCGUCUUCUUCCAGUACUCAGUGCUGGCCAACUUCUACUGGCUCCUGGUGGAAGGGAUGUACCUGCAAACCUUACUGCUGCUCACCUUCACCUCUGACAAGAGGUAUUUCUGGUGGUACAUCCUGAUUGGCUGGGGUGUCCCUUUGCUCACGGUGAGUGUGUGGAUCGCUACCCGGCUGCAGUAUGACAACAAUGGGUGCUGGGAUGAUUAUGCCAGUCUGUACUGGUGGGUGAUCAAGGGACCCAUUCUCUUUGCCAUAUUUGUGAACUUCCUCAUAUUCCUGAAUGUGAUCAGAAUGCUAGUGCAGAAGAUUCGGUCCCCCGACAUUGGCAAGAACUACAAGCAACAGUAUAUGCGACUCACAAAAUCCACACUGCUUCUCAUCCCCCUCUUCGGGGUUCACUACGUGGUGUUUGCCCUGUUCCCUGAACACAUUGGUGUUGAAGCAAGACUCUACUUUGAACUGGUCCUUGGCUCCUAUCAGGGGUUCCUGGUCGCUCUGCUGUACUGCUUCCUGAAUGGAGAGGUCCAGGCUGAGAUCAAGAGGAACUGGGGCAAGUGGCAGUCAUCCAUGGAGAGCAAUGUCUUCAACCUGGUAACCCAGGAUUUUACAGCAUGAGGAGGAAAUGGGCUUAGACCUAAGGACUACUUAGCUACUCCUCGUCCUGGCACAGCAGCCCCAAUGGAACCAGUGCAGCAUGUUACGUUCCAGUUUGCCACUUGGCGUCACUUUUCUUGGCCAAACGUACAGAGACGGGCACUAAAGGAAAAGACCUUCUAGAUCCCAGCUAACCUGUCUGCUGGGGCUGGGACCUUACAGUCCAGUUCUCUAGGGAUUUGUCCAUGCUUUGGAUCAUAGGAAAGUAGGGCUGGAAGGGACCUUAUCCAGCUGGAAGGGAGGCCAUCCAGCCCAGCCUCCUGCUCAGGUCAGGACUAUUCCUUGCAACUCUCUGAGCAUCUGUAUUAAACCCCAAGGAACAGGUUG